CAUAAACUCUGCAGCAAGUUUUAAGAAUGCUCAUAUGGCAACACUAAUAAAAUGAACGUCAAACAAACUUAACCUCCAUUUUCACGUUGCGUUCAUAACCUGCACAAUAAAUUAAAUAUUUAUCCCAAAAACCUCCGAAAUAAACUUUAGUUAAAGCAAAUUAGUCUUACAGUUAAUAAAUAUAGUGCAAACACAUUCUAAAAAUGUCUGCUGGAAUUUGUGCCAUCAAAGAAGAGUUUAUUGUAAAAAACGACAUAUCCAAUCCUUCUGAAACCGCAACCAAGGAUGACAACGUGGAUGAAACAUCUAAACAAGAUUUAUCACAAGACGAUGCUGGUGAGACACCAAAUAAAAAAAUCAAGUUAAGCAAACGAGAAAAGAAACGAAAUCGUGGACAAAAUAAAUCCAGACCAGCUCCUUAUAAAGUCACUGUCGAUGACAAACUUUGUAGGGAGCUCAUUGAUGUUUUGGAGAACGAAACCAGGAAUUGCACUUACAAAAAUUGUAAAUGCCAACAUGAUGUUCUGACAUACCUUCAGAACAAACCCAAAGACAUAGGUGACUUCUGUUACAUCUACAAGUUGCGUGGACGUUGUCCAGCCGGUUUGUCUUGCAGAUUUGGAAGAGAACAUAUUUCUGAAAGCGGUUACAAUAUGGUGUCAGAGAAUUAUGAUCCUAAUAAAAGUAAAAGUACACUGAAUCAAUUAGGUUUUGAAUUGCAAACUAAAUUAAGGAAGAAGACGUAUGAUUUUAAAAAGACUGAAAUAUCUGUGAAGAAAGUUGAAAAGUUUAUGAACGCAAAGAAGGAUUUAAAACAAAAUGGUUCGUCUGAACCAAAUGUUUUAUCAGAAACGACGAAUAUUACAGAAUCUGCAGAAGCAAGAUUAGGUUGUGUCACCGAUGAAGACAUCAUACCUACAAGAAAGUGUGAGAAAAACAAAAUUGAUUGGUCAAAUAAAUUAUUUUUAAGUCCGUUGACGACUGUUGGAAACCUUCCGUUCAGGAGAAUAUGUAAAGAAUUUGGUGCUGAUGUCACUUGCGGCGAAAUGGCUCUAAGUAUUCCUAUAAUACAAGGUGCAAAUCAGGAGUGGGCUUUGGCCAAACGGCACGAAUCAGAGGAUUUGUUCGGUGUGCAAAUAUGCGGCUACAAGGCCCAUUUAGUAGGACAGGCCGUACAAGUUUUGCAAGAGAAUUGUGCAAUAGACUUUGUAGAUAUUAAUUUGGGGUGUCCGAUUGAACUGAUAUACCAAAAUGGGGCAGGGUCUGCUCUGCUUAGAAGACCUAACAUUUUGGAAGGAAUGAUUCGAACUUGUGUCGAUAUGAUGGACAUCCCUUUAACAGUGAAGACUCGAACCGGUGUUUAUGCGGAUAAAAAUGUAGCUCAUGAUUAUUUUCCUAAAUUUAAAGAAUGGGGAGUUUCUUGCGCCACUAUUCAUGGUAGAUCAAGAGAACAAAGAUACACGAGGACAGCAGAUUGGGAAUAUAUUGAAAAAUGUGCAGCGAGUGUUGAAAAUCAAAUGCCAGUCAUCGGGAAUGGUGAUAUAUUGAGCUUUCAGGAUUACCUUGAAGCCAAACGUGUGGCCCCACACAUAAGUGGAGUAAUGUUAGGCCGUGGAGCCCUCGUCAAGCCCUGGCUUUUUACAGAAAUCAAAGAACAGAAAGCCAUCGACAUAUCCAGCAAAGAAAGAUUCGAAAUCCUUAAAAAAUAUGUCAAUUACGGUUUGGAACAUUGGGGAAGCGAUACUAAGGGGGUUGAAAACACCCGAAGAUUUCUAUUAGAAUGGCAAUCAUUUCUCUACCGAUAUGUGCCUCUGGGUUUGCUAGAAAGGCCUCCACAAAAAAUUAAUGAAAGGCCACCCCUUUAUCGUGGACGGGAUGAUUUGGAGACAAUGAUGGCUUCGAAUAAUUGUAAAGACUGGAUUAAAUUAAGUGAAAUGCUUUUGGGACCUGUUCCCGAUGGAUUUACCUUUUUACCAAAGCACAAGGCCAACUCUUAUUCCUGA